UCUAUUGAGAUGGCCAAUUAAGUCACUGGAAUAUAACCUGCAGGUUUCCAGACCCUAAUGAGCUCUUUAUUCAUCUUGAUGUUUGUUAUAUUUAUUCCUCUAUGGAAGUUUUGGAGAAGGUUAUACACAUGUCAGUUUGUUUUGAUUGUUCUGUUUGACAUAAACAUAAUUUCUAGGAUUGCAUAUUUUCAUAAAUACAUCAUAUAAAAUCAUUAUUAGAAAUUUAAAAAUCGAUUCUGCAACUAAAAAAAAAUAUUAGCGGUUAUUCAGUUAUGAUGAAUUUGUUGUUGCUUCAUAAUGCUCUUCUGUCUUUGAAUAUCAUAUAAGAUACUUAGUUUAUUUUAUAACUAUUUUGUUAAAAUGUCUGAUGAGGAGUUUGAUUAUAUGUCAGAUGUAUUUCUUUUACAAAGUGGAGAAAAAGAUAUUCGACCUGGUUUAAUUCACAACCGAUCUGUAAAGAGAAAUGUAGAAUUAUCUAAGAAAAAAGAGAAAGCUCAUCUAGUAAACAAAGAAAAAUAUAAACCAACCAAAGUAAUUGAAAAAGAAAAGUUACAAGAUGGUUUACAAACCCCCCUUUCUUCAGAGAAUAAAGGUUUUGCCAUGUUGCAAAAAAUGGGGUUCAAACCAGGUUCUGGCUUGGGAAAAUCAGGUGAAGGAAGAUCAGAACCAAUUCCAGUUGACAUAAAAACUGAUAGAGUAGGAUUAGGAGUGAAAGCUCAUAUUGCGGAAAUUCGUGCAGCAAGGGCUAAGAAAUUCAGGGAAGCUAAAGAAUCUGCCCCUUCUUUUGAAGAUUAUCGAGCUAGAAUCAUUGAAGAAGCUAAUGAAAGACGAGCAGGAAUUGAUUUAUUCAGAAGUCAAAGGGUGUGCCAUUCACUCGACACCAAAGAUAAUGUUAUUUCUCCUUUAGAAGAAUGGUUUUGGCCAGUUGAUAAGUCUAAGACAGAAACUGAUGAAGAGGAAGAGGAAGAUGAAAAUGAAAAGGACGAAGAAGUACCACUUACCGCUAUACAGGGCUUUCCCAGACAAGGGAUCAAUGCCAGAGUCAAAAGCCUCCACAGCACAGGGUCUCAACCUCAUAAUUAUUCUAGCAAAUUAACAUCCGUCAGGUUGCUGGGCACAAUGCCCCAAUUUGAGGAGUUUAUGAACCGUUUAGCAUAUGCUUAUUGUGGAGAAAAUAGUUCAAGAUAAAUUGGAGAUGAUCACAGUGUAUUUAAGAAGAACUUAUUUCUACUGUAUUUGGUGUGGUACAAAUUAUGAUGAUGAAAAGGAUUUACAAAACGAAUGUCCUGGACCGACGCGAAGUGAUCACUGACAAAAAAAUGUGUGAAUUAAUAAAUUAUCAUUUGACUGGAAAGACUUUCUACUAAGAAUUAGAAAGAAAAGUUCACGCAACUAAUAUGUUAUAAAUAAAUAUUGUUUUAAUAAACGUGACUUCUUAGAAGUUACAAAAAUAUUAAAUAUUUUUCAUUUUUA